CAUCGGCUACCCGGGCGGCACACGUGAGCCGAAGAGUUCCCGUCCGGUGAACCAGGGUAAAGUGAACCAAAGUGUCCCCCGACGUUCGGUGCUCAGAUUCUUUGGCUCAGGCGAGAUUGAAGAAGGAAAAUUCAUCGAACAGUAGUGAGUUCUUCGACUGUAAGGAAGCGUUUCCUCAAAAUCUGCAACCAGCAUUCGGUUCAGGACCUCAAGAGCGAACGCUGGACGAAACUAUUCGAUGGUCCAGCUCUUUUCAUAAAAUCAAGAAGUCACCUAGUACGUGGUAACAUGCGGUCACUCCACGAACAUCGGGAAUCCGGGGUUCAGGAACGUGGACAGUGAUUCCGCAGGACAAUAACCAAAUCGUGAUUGUUAAAUUGAAGUAGACAUGGAUUGAUAUACAUCAGGUUCUGAUGAAAAACAGCCGGAUGAACAGCCGAUUUACUCCCAUCUAGUUGAAGCAACGAGAUCACGUCCAGACGCGCUACUUGAAAAUCUUUCGAGGGCAAUAACAAACCGGAAAAGGUAUGGGUUCGAACGGUCACAGUUCGAGGUUAGUGUGCAACGAUGGCAACGUUUCCAGUGCCUUUUCUGCCCUGCAUCUGCUCAGAAGCUACAGUCUACUCGCCCCGCCAGCAGAUCUCACCAGAUUUGAUCAUUUUACGAGCCGUGAGUACGGUUUUGGAGAACCCGAGAGGCCUCGAGGAUUAACAACUGGAGAAACUCCCUUGUCACCGCUGACUGCAACGUUUGCACUUCCGGCUGGUCUCCUACAGCCACCUGUGCUUACAGCAGUACCGCCGUUUAUCCAAUCGAGAAAUGUCGCUCAGCCGAACCCCGACGUCACAUACAAUGCCCUUCUCGGACGUCACUUCAUGAACACCGAUGGAUCUGCUACGGCUGCCCUUCAAAAGCGGCUGCGUGGCGGCAAAAAGCCGAUUCCCACCGAGCAGAAGGACGAGAAGUACUACGAAAGAAGAAAACGCAAUAACGAAGCCGCAAAGAAGUCUAGGGAUGCGCGAAAGAUCCGCGAGGAUCAUAUUGCGCUGAAGGCCUUGAUGCUGGAACAUGAAAACGCAAUUCUGAAGGUCCAAAUUGCGAGCUUGAGGGAGGAGGCGCAGUCCCUUCGGCACGUGUUGAUCAAGCAACAAACCUCGGGAAUUUCACAGGUCAGCCCUAUCGACGCCACAACGACGGGGAAUAAUCGGGAUCCCAGAUCUCAACCGCGGUCGACGGCCGCCUCGGUACCUUGUCGGGCCUAAGUUUUCUAUUCUAAGCUGCUAUCAUUUAGAUAUAAUGCACCGUAUGUACAGAUUAUUACUCGGAAUAUUUUCAACAGUUAUUCUCAACUGAUUCAGUGUAGUGAUUGAUUAGUUUCGUUUAUAAGUUAGUAGUAUAAGUUUAAGUCAUAACUAAAUAUUGUACUUUUUAGGAAUUAAUGACUGAUUUUUGUGAUUUUCGUUUUUAAGCUCGACUUAUAAUUCUCAAUUCUCACUAGCGAUUUUAGUUAGACAUUUUUUUAUUCAAAUGUACUGAAUAUUAUAUUUUUUAAGAAUUCGCGACUGACUUUAGUGAUUUUCACGCUUGAGCUCAACUCAUAGUUCUCAAUUCUCACCAGUGAUAUUAGUUUGUACGUUUUUUUUUUAAGUAUAAAAUUAUUCUCCCGAGUGCUUUUAAAUCAGUUCCGUAAGUCUUAUAUCGAGCAGCGUGCAAUCUGUUUCGUUUAAAUGUACUGAAUACUACAUUUUUUUUAGAUUAACGACUGAGUUAGGGAUUCUCAUGCUUGGACUUAACUCAUGAUUCUCAAUUCUCACCAGUGAUCUUAGUUUGUAAAUUAUUUUGCGGUAU